AUGAAAGAAGAAGUAAGAAAAAGAGUUCAGAAACAUAGAAUGAAAUUAACAGAGCAGCAACUUGAAGAAAAAAAGAAGAAAAGAUCGAGAGUGAUACAAAAAAAAAAGAAAGAAGGACAAGUUAAGUUUAUAAAAGACUUGACACCACGACAUCAAAGAAUAAAAAGAAAGGAAUGGAGUAAAAACAGCAAAAGAUAUAGAGAGAAGAAAAAAAUGAAAGGUGAAACCGAAAGAUUUGCUAGAGAUAAUUCACCCGCAACAAGUGAAGAUGAAGUUACAACUGAAAAUCAGGACGACCCAUUUCAUGAGGAUCUUGCGGAAAAUUUAGAUGUUAUGGAUGUUGUCAAAAAGAAAAACACACCUUCAAGGCAAAAAAAUGUUGGCCGACGAAUAGUGAAAAAAGAAAAAUCUUCAUGUUAUAGAAAAUUAAAAAAGGCAGAAUUAAAAAUUAGAGACCUAACCAAACAGUUAGCAAGAGAUCGAAAAAGGUUACAAAGGGAGAAAUCUAAAUUUAAACAAUUUUUAAAACAAAAAAAAGAAAAAGAAUCUCCUGAAACAAGGGUGACUAAAUUGAUAGCUGAUAUCGAAGUUCCAGAUAAAAUCAAAAGAAAGUUAGUUUUUGGGGAAGUUAUUAAAGAUCAAUUAGAAGAAAACGCCAAAAUGUUAAAAAAUCACAAAACUAAGAAUACGUUAUCGAUUGUGUCUGGAAGCAUAAUAAAUAAAUAUCGUUUAAGGGGCGAGACUUCAAAAAUACUUUCGUAUAGAAUGCAUCGCAAAUUCAUUAAUAAUUCCCAAUACGAAAGAACAAAACGUAACCAUGCAGUUAUCCAAAAGUUGUCAAAAUCAGUUCAAAUUUUUUUAGAAAGGGAUGAAAACUCAAAAAUGUGUCCAGGAAAAAAGGAUUAUAUAACUAAAAAUAAAGUUAAAAAACAAAAACGUAUUAUGUUGGAUUCUCUUUGCAACUCACACAAAAAAUAUUUAGCAACUGAAUUCGCAUUUCAAGUUUCCAGAACAACUUUUUGUAGAUGUAGACCUUUUUGGGUAGUCGCUCCAAAGCAAAGUGAUAGAGAAACUUGCGCUUGCUCAAAGCAUUCAAAUGUAGAAAUGAUAUGUGCAUCACUGUAUAAUGCUAAAACUAUACCAACUAAGAAGCCGGACGAACUUUUGAAAGCUAUGGUUUGUGAUGAAAAAUAUAUAGAUUGCAUGCUGCGCAAUUGUCCUAGAUGCAAAGAAAGAACAAUUCCUGUAAAAAGCGAAGUAAAUGAAAAUUUAAACAAAAUCAUAAUAUACGCAGUGUGGGAAUCAAAAGCCGAAAAAAGGGAAAUCAAAGGAGAGUUUAAAGAUGUUCGCAAAACAGUAAAUGUUCAAAAAAAUGAUAUUGUUAAAAACAUUUUGAAGAUUUUACAGGUUCAAUUUACGCCGUACAUGAAGCAUGUUUUUUUUUAUGCGACACCAGCAGAAAGAAUUGCAGACUAA